CAUUGCUGUCGUUUUCAUAUUACAUGUUCAUGACGUUUUUAUUUUAUUUUUUUACUUGAUAAUUUUUGUGUAGUAUAUAUCUAAGAAGUGAAAAGGUGAUUGUGUGGAAAAACAUUUUAUUUAGGUUAAUUUCCAAUGACUCUUAAAUGAUUAUCUAUACAACUUUGUGAAUAAUGUGCGUGACAAUUUUUAUGGAUGAGUGACACGGAAAACGAUAGAGAAGCCACCGAGCGCACUGCACUGAUGGACGGCCACAUCGCAGAAGCCCGUUCCGAUAGGGAAAUUGCUGAGAGAAUUGCAAGGAAAAGGAAAACUAAAGCAGACCCUCAGCGAAAUUAUGGGACAGUGGUUCAGUCCGAAGAAAGCAUGUCGAGUGCAGUAGGUGGUUCCGGUCCUAACGUUCCUGCCCCAUCACAGGCUCCCCCUCUUGGUGAAGAAUUGGAGCUGAAAUAUGGGGCAAGACAUGUCAUUAAACUUUUUGUACCAGUGACUCUGUGUAUGAUCGUUGUUGUUGCCACUAUAUCUUCUAUAAGAUUUUACUCAGUGAAGGAUGUUUAUUUGGCCUAUACACCAUUUCAUGAAGAAAGCCCAUAUGCAGUAACAAAAGUUUGGAAUGCUCUUGCCAACUCCAUGAUUCUUUUGAGUGUGAUAGCAAUGAUGACAGUUUUGCUCAUAGUCCUUUAUAAAAAUAGAUGUUACAAAGUUAUCCAUGGAUGGCUUAUAUUAUCAUCACUGAUGCUGCUUUUUCUAUUUUCUUAUCUGUAUAUAGAGGAAGCCCUCCGUGCAUACAACAUACCCAUGGAUUAUAUCACACUAUCAUUUGUAAUGUGGAACUUUGGUGUGGUCGGAAUGAUGGUUAUCCACUGGAAAGGUCCACUAAGGUUGCAGCAGGCAUACUUAAUAUUUAUUGCUGCAUUGAUGGCAUUGGUUUUUAUUAAGUAUCUCCCGGAAUGGACAACUUGGGCUGUUCUUGCAGUUAUUUCUAUUUGGGAUCUCGUAGCUGUAUUGACUCCUAAAGGACCACUUAGGAUAUUAGUGGAGACUGCACAAGAAAGAAAUGAACCUAUUUUUCCAGCUCUUAUUUAUUCCUCGACGGUGAUGUACUGCCUGGUGGCGGCGGGCGCGGCGGAGGGCGGCGGCGCGGGCGGCGCGCGGGCGGAGCGCGCGGCCGGAGGUGAGCCGCGCUCGCGGGAGCUGCGCCCCCUCAACCCGCAUGAUCGCUCCCGUCGGCUGGUGCGGCGCGCGAGCGAGGGCGCGGUGGUGGGGCUGAGCUCGCGCGAGGAGGGCGACGGGGAGGGCGGGUUCGACGAGGCGUGGCGCGCGCGCGCCGGCCGCCAGCUGCGCGUCGACAGCACGCCGCCCACCUACACCACGCGCCUCGACCGACCACCGCACCACCACGAGCUCGACGAUGAGAAGGGCGUGAAACUUGGUUUGGGCGACUUCAUAUUUUACAGUGUGCUAGUUGGAAAGGCCAGUUCAUAUGGAGACUGGAAUACUACAUUGGCCUGCUUCAUAGCUAUACUCAUUGGUCUAUGCCUCACUCUGCUCCUGCUAGCGAUAUUCAAGAAAGCCCUGCCUGCGCUGCCCAUUUCCAUAACAUUCGGUCUGAUAUUCUACUUCGCGACGCGAGGCGUAGUAAAGCCCUUCGCGGACGCUCUAGCGGCCGAACAAGUAUUUAUUUAGCUACCGCUCAUAAAUUACGUUUCAUUUGAAUACUGAAAAGACUAAUUCAUUUGUAGGGUUUAAGUAACUUAUUUAUAAAUAUUGUACACCCUAAAAUUUGAAAUCAUCCAAUUGAAGUUGAAUUAGAAACUUCUUUUUUAUUUUUAUUUCAAAAACAGUUGAUUUGUUAAUUUGUAUUAAAAACAAAAGGAAAUGUGCAUUUAUAAUUUUUCAAAUGAUUAGAUAUUUGGCAAAAAGAAUUUAACAAAAAAUUCCUAAUAUUAAAUGCGUUUUGUUUAGAUUUAAACAGUGUUUUUUUAAGGUUAGAUGAUUUCAAUAAACGGGUACCAAAAUAUGUA